AUGGCCUCGACUAGGCCGGAAGAGAGGCUGAAGCUGGACGCCUCCUGCCUCAUCUGCCUGGACCUCCUGUCGGACCCGGUCAGCGUCGACUGCGGCCACAGCUUCUGCGGGAGGUGCAUCUCCGCCUUCUGCGAGAAAUCGGAAGGCGGCCCGGGGGGCUCCCACUACCCCUGUCCUCACUGCCGGGCCCCUUUCAGUCCGCGAGGCUUCCGGCCCAACCGGCAGCUGGCCGGCGUGGUCGACGCCAUCAGGCAGCUGGCCCGGUGCCCCGGGGCCGAGGGAGAGCGGAUCACCUGCGAGGAGCACGGGCAGGGCUUCAGCCUCUUCUGCGAACAGGACCAACGGCCCCUCUGCCCGCUCUGCCCGCAAUCCCCAGAGCAUCGCCAUCACAGCGUGGCCCCGCUGGAGGAGGCCGCAGGGGUCUACAAGGGCAGGCUCCAAGAGGCUCUGGCUCGCGUGAGACAGGAGCUGGAGAAGGGCCUCAACUUGGAAGCCAGCGUUGGGAAGAAAACCGUCUUGUGGAAGGACAAGGUGGAAGCCCACCGUCGGAGGGUCGCGUCGGAGUUCGAGAAGCAGCGGGAAUUCCUGGCUUCCGAGGAGCAGCUGCAGCUGCGGAGGCUGGAGGAGGAAGAGCGGGAAACCCUUCGGAAGCUGCGGGACAGCCGGGCCCGGCUGACCCAACGCAACCGUUCCCUGAAGGAGCGGGUCAGGGAGCUGGAGGACCGGUGUAGACGCCCGGCUCCGGCCCUGCUCCGGGGGAUCAGGUUGUCCCACGGGGGGAGUGAGGUGACAGGGAUGCAGCCCCCGGAAGCCAUCUCCACGGAUUUGAGGACCGCGUGCUGUGUCCCUGGACUCCGAGAAAUGCUAAAUCGAUUCCGAGAGGACGUCACCCUGGACCCGGAGACGGCGCACCCCACCCUCAUCCUGACCGACGACCUGCGGAGCGUGCGGGACGGAGACGCGUGGCGGGAGGUGCCGGACACGGCCGGACGGUUCGACACCUGGCCCUGCGUCCUGGGAAGGGAAGGCUUCGACUCCGGGCGACGCUACUGGGAGGUGGCCAUGGAAAGCCGGGCCGAGUGGGGGCUGGGGGUCUGCCGGGAGUCGGCCCCGCGGAAGGGGGAGGCCUCCCAGUCCCCUGAGAAUGGCGUCUGGGCCGUGUGGCUGCUGAAGGGGAACGGAUACAUGGUCCUCUCCUCUUCCUCCAUCCCCGUCAUCCGGGGACAACGACCCGGAAGGAUGGGCGUUUUCCUGGACUACGAGGCCGGAGAGAUCUCCUUCUACGACGCCACCACCGGAGCCCACGUCUACACUUUCUCCCAAUCCUUCUCCGGCCCCCUCAGGCCUUACUUCUUCGUGUGCGACCCGGCUCCCCUGACCCUUCCCUCCGUGGAUUCUGGGGAGAGCUAG